AUGAAUGGUCUGUUCAACGGAACAUCGGUCAAAAAGCUGCUAGGCUGGAGAAUUGGCGAGGAAGAGGAGAAAUUCGCUGAGAAAGCGGUAGAAACCCUUGUCAAAAAGCUGAAAAAGAAGAAUGGAGGUAUCGGUCAGUGCAAAACAGUUAGUUAUCCAUAAUU